GUCUCGUUUCUAGAUACAGUAACCGGUUACACAACCCCGUCAUCUGCAGGAAAAACCUGAUGAAAGUGAGUAAAGUUUGUGUUGUCAAGUUGGUGAAGUCUGAAGGAAAAACUGUAAAAACGGAUUCUUUAAAUCCUUCAUUAACAGAGACUCAGGUGGACCGAAGUGUCUGACUAAAGUUCGCCGGAACGACGAAAACACAAGUUAUUUUUAAGAUAUGCCAAGAUGAUCCUCGUAGAAGAAAUAACUAUUACUUUGUUCACCCUGGGGUUAGCGAUGAUUGUCUUUCCUGUGGAAGGUCAAAAAGCAAAAGUUGCGAGAGUGAAAGUGGAGGGGCAUGGUUUUACCAUACUGUCUAGGUCUGGAAAGCAAUGCCUCGCACUUUGUAAUUCACAGCCAGCUUGCGAUUCGGCAAAUUUCGACUUGAAAACGAGAAAAUGUCGUGUCUUUACAAGAUGCUCACCGACGAAGUUUCUUGAGAUUUCACAAAACCACAUUCACUACACAAAAAGGCCAUUAGUUCCUGAAAAUGGUUACGUAUAUCAUGCUGAAUCCGACUCCUGUCUUAAGCUUAUGAAUAAAGUGACCGAUUUCGCUGAAGCUGAUCAAAACUGCAGAAAUCAAAACGGAAGGUUGGUGUCACUGACAGACCCAGGGAUAAACAAAGAAGCUGCUGAAUUGCUGAGAAAGGCAAACGCCCAGUAUGCUUGGAUUGGCCUGAUGGACAAUAGAAAAGAAGGCGAUCCUGAGCACUCUGAUGGCAGGAGGGUCUCAGAAACGAAUUACUUCCCGACAAGACCUCAGCAGGCAAGAAACGAUCCGAAGAGAAACUGCUGGUCACUGUCUGAUGACGGCCGGUGGGCUGAGCAUUCGUGCAGAAACAGGACACAGUUCAGCAUAUGUCAGAUAAUGUCUUAUUAAAAUAAGCUAUUAUCUGAUUUUCAAAUUUAUCAGUAUUAUGUUUCAAACGACCUUUGUGCCAAUCUUUUAUCUCAACAGAAAGGCAACGGGUAUUUUCAGAGCUUUAAGUUAAAUUAACUACAAGUGCGAAUGGCAUAAAAAAAAUAGAAAAUUUAUAUUUUUGUAAAUAGAAUCUUUAAAGGUAAGAAAUCAUUUAAACGAAAGCGUAGUCUCAUAACACCGACAGAGUGGAUGUGUUUUAUUUAUUAACAAUGUAUAUGUAUUUUUUUACACACAGUUUUAUAAUAAAAUUUUUUACUAUGA